UGUGGGAUGUGUGUGUGUGUAGGCUACAGAUCCACCAGGACCUUAGAGAGGACAUGGCCAAAAUGAAGACCGUGGAGAGUUUGGCCGAUGUCAGCAAACAGCUGAAGCUGCGUUGCCAGGAGGAGAUAGCCAAUGGAAAUGGAGGUGAGGAGAAGAAGAGCAGCCUGCCCUUCCCUCACUGGAUCUGCCAGCCUUACAUCAGACCAGUCCCUCUCGGCCAGGUUGUGAGUGACAAUAGUUGUGCAAGUUCAGCGCUGGCAGAUGGCAGAACAAGAACAACUGGUGAACAAGAAAGGUAACACGAAUUCCGCUGUUUGGAAAUACUUUGGGUUUAAGGAGUCCGAUGUGUAACAAAAAAAAGUACAGUGCAGCAGGGGGGACUGGCCAUCUGUGUGUUCUGGAGAAUCACAGACGGCCGGCCCGGACCGCUUUUUUAAAACGUCAUAAUUUCAAUUGCGCUGACAGGCAACAGAGGUCCACAGUUUCCCUGUGUGAGGCUCCCCCGCCCCCCCGUUGACAGUUCACGAGCGUGCCCCGUCGACUUCAUCCACCACAUCAGUCAUCAAUUAAGGACGCGCUUUACAGUGCAACGGCCUACUCAACCAGCUUGCAAAGAUAUAACAGAUCCAUCAAAUUCUACAUAGCUAAAGACAUGUGCCCAGUUA